UUGCACCGGCUUCGGGAAGAGAGAGACCUCCCCGACAAGACACACGCGGACACGCGGCCACCGUCAGCUGUUGUUUGUUCGCCGAUCCCCGCGCGCACGCCGCCGUCAUGUCCUCGAGCCGUGGUGUCUUACUGAUCGCUGCCUGGGGUGUCUUGCUCUGCUUGCCGGACUACGGAAGAUGUCAGUCGAGAGCGCAAGUGGUCUUCGAAGACGACCAUGGAAACAAGUGCCCCCCGGACAAGCCCCACUGCGUGACCGUGGAGCAGUGUCGUCCGGCGCAGUUACAGAUCCGCCGCGGUCAGCACCCGAUCAUCUGCGACUGGCAGAAGACCACGUCCCUAGUCUGCUGUCAAGAACCCAUCGACGUUGACAUGCCACCCUCCGAAGGAACCGGAAAGCCCGGCGUUCAUCCUGACCCUGCGCAUCCUGAACCGGUACCUCCAGGACCUGAUCAACCAGGAACUAAUCAACCAGAACCUGAUCAACCAGAACCAGCUCAACCGGAACCAGUUACUCCUGGGCCUGUUGAUCCAGAGCCAGUUAAUCCUGAGCCAGUCAAUCCGGAACCGGUUAACCCGGAGCCAGUUAGUCCUGGACCUGUAGCGCCGAAGCCAGGCUCUCGGGACGAGGGCGAAGAGAAUUGUCCGUGUUCGGUUGACACGGACACGGACGGUACUGCCAACGCCGUCUGCGGUGUCCGGCACGAAAACGCCGAGUCCCGCCAGGGAGCCACGAGGAUGGGGAAGCUCUUCUUCGACGACGAAGACGCCUACUACGUGGACCCGAGGAGGAUCUUCCGUCCGCGGCAACGCUUGCCCUUCCACUUCGGACGACCAGCACCCGGUGGGCUCUUUCACGGACGACCAACGCCCGGCGGGUUAUUUCGUGGUCGUCACAUGACCCGUACAGGUCUGACCGGGCGACUGGCCUCGCAGCGCCGCCAGCCACAGCAGGACCCUCCCGCUUGGCCCUGGAUGGUGGCAAUCGUAGAUCAAGCAAACCCUGCAAGACGCUGCGCUGGUGUACUCCUGGACAGUCAGCAUGUCCUCACAGCAGCCCAAUGCUUUGGCCCAGAUCGCGGCGCUCGCAGCGUGGCCGAGCUGAACAUGCCGGGCGAGCCGUCGGUGCACCGCGUCGUCACCGCCGUGACCCACCCGGACUACCGGUCCCCCGACGGCUACAGCGACGUGGCGGUGGUGCGGCUAGUGCCUCCACUUCCGCCCAGCUCCCUGUCGCCCAUCUGUCUGCCCCGGGUCAUCAACGAGAGGAGGGUCCCGGACGGAAGCCUCCUGGACGCCGUCAGCUGGUCCAACAGACAGCGAGAUUUCCAUCCCGGCUCGAUGACCGAGAAGCGCUUCAGGGUCAUCCCGGUGACGGUGUGCAACAAGACAUUCGCGGGAGUGGACCUGUCUCCUUACCCGCUGGGCAUCUCCGACGAAGACUUCCUCUGUGCGGAGGUGGAGAAAGCCGACAGAGAAGAGUGUGUGGGCCUACCGGGCAGUCCACUGAUGGCGAAGCAGAGAGGGCUGUGGACCAUCGUCGGCAUCUACAGCUUCGGCGUCUCGUGCGGCGGUUCCGCCCACUACCCAACCGUCUUCACCAGAGUCGCGCCAUACGUCACGUGGAUCAACGAGGUGCUCGGAGUGCGCAGAUGAGACCCCCUACUCCACACCCUUCGGCCAAGUUUUCUGCCUCGCGGUGCGAAUUCCCGAAGCGCAUCGCGUUGGAUUGCGAAGGUGCCAAGCAGAGACUCAAGACGCCGUGCAUGACGAACGCUCUUUUGGCUGCUCAACAAGUGCGGUGUGCAAAGAGACACAAGACCCACUCCGUGCUUUUUUUUAUUUCUUUUUUACUUGUCAUUGCGCGUGCGCAGAAAACAAGAUUCGAGAGAGAUGAAAGCGUCUGCGCUUGCGCCCUGUCGUCCGCAGCGCCAUCGACGGCGUGAUAUCACGUGAGCGCGUCGGUCUUCAGCGUGAUACAAGGC